AUGCUUCAAGCGAUCAAAACAGUUCUUGGAAGACCGCAUAAACAUACAGCGUGGCAGACAACCGCAACGUUUAUUAGCAUGUCCAAAAAAUCCAGCAAAGCAGCUGGCGGCAAACAUUCAAAAGUGGAAAAACAUGACAUAAACAACACAUCGGCGCCAAGUGGUCCUGUGCUGGUAGAUGCAAAGACUGGAAACUUGAUCGUUAAAAUAUUGGCCAAACCGGGGGCAAAAACAAGCGGAAUUACUGAUGUUAGUGAGGAAGGAGUUGGAUGCCAAAUAGCCGCUCCUCCGAUCGAUGGUGAAGCAAAUACGGAAUUGAUUAAAUAUCUCUCCAAAUUGCUUGAUCUACGGAAGAGUGACAUCAGUCUCGAUCGUGGAUCCAAAUCACGCCAGAAGACGAUCGUGCUAGAUAAAGAUGGUUGUCGGCAUAGCCCGGAACAGUUAAUUGCUAUAUUUCGCACUGAAGCGUCCGCCGGAAUGUAG